UGGAGAGAUGGAAGUAGCGGCCAAUUGCUCUUUGCGCGUGAAGCGGCCUCUGUUGGACCCACGCUUCGAGGGCUACAAACUCUCCCUGGAGCCUCUGCCCUGUUACCAGCUGGAGCUGGACUCAGCUGUGGCAGAAGUUAAACUCAGAGAUGAUCAGUAUACAUUGGACCACAUGCGUGCCUUUGGCAUGUUUAAUUACUUGCAUUGUGAUGCAUGGAAUCAAGAUAAUAUCUACUUCGUUGAUCAGCUUGGAAGAAUUAUGAACUUAUCAGUCACAUUGGACACUGCCUUAGGAAAACCAAGAGAGGUUUUCAGACUUCCCACAAAUUUAACAGCUUAUGACAACCGCCUUUGUGCAUCUCUUCACUUUACAUCUUCUACCUGGGUUACACUGUCAGAUGGAACAGGAAGAUUAUAUCUUAUUGGAACUGGAGAACGUGGCAGUGGUACUUCUGAAAAAUGGGAGAUUGUGUUUAAUGAAGAUCUUGGAGAACCAUUUGUUAUACUUCACAGUAUUUCCAUUAUUAAAUCUGGAGACCAUUCAAUAACUACCAUACUUCUUCGAGUUGAGAAAGAAGAAUUAGAUCGUAAAGGAAGUGGCUUCUAUGUUUCUUUAGAAUGGGUUACUAUCAGUAAGAUAAAUAAAGAGAUCCAAAAGUAUGAAAUUACUGAACGUAAAGUACUUCAUGGUAAAUCAGUUCCACAUUAUGCUGCUAUUGAGCCUGAUGGCAAUGGUCUAAUGAUUGCCUCCUGCAAAUCCUUCAGAUUUGUUCAUGAUGAAAAGCAAAGUGAAGAAAAUAAAGAAGAUAAUCUGAAAGAUAACAAUAAAGCAGAACCUUUGUAUUACUGGCAGCAGACUGAAGAAGAUUUGACAAUAAUAAUACAGCUUUCAGAAGACAUUUCUAAAGAGGACAUUGAAGUACGGUUUUCCCCUGAUCAUAUCAGUAUUGCCUUAAAAAAGCAACCAUUUUUGGAAGGAAAACUCUAUUCUUCUGUUGAUCAUGAAAGUAGUACUUGGAUAAUUAAAGAGAAUAAAAGUCUGGAGGUGUCUUUGAUUAAGAAGGAUGAAGGACUAACAUGGCCAGAGCUAGUAUUAGGUGAUGACCGAGGAGAAUUCUUAAGAGAUUCAGCCCAGUGUGCUGCCAUAGCUGAACGUUUGAUGCAUCUGACUUCUGAAGAACUGAAUCCAGAUCCAGAUAAGGAAAAACCACCAUGUAAUGCUCAAGAAUUAGAAGAGUGUGAUAUUUUCUUUGAAGAGAGCUCUAGUUUAUGCAGAUUUGAUGGCAAUACCUUGAAGACCACUCAUGUGGUGAAUCUUGGAAGCAAUCAAUACCUUUUUUCAGUCUUAGUGGACCCCAAAGAAAUGCCUUGUUUCUGUUUGCGUCAUGAUGUAGAUGCCCUACUUUGGCAACCGCACUCUAGCCAGCAAGAUGAAAUGUGGGAGCACAUUGCAACUUUCAAUGCUUUAGGCUAUGUCCAAGCAUCAAAGAGAGACAAGAAGUUUUUUGCUUGUGCUCCCAAUUACUCCUAUGCUGCCCUUUGUGAGUGCCUGCGUCGAGUGUUCAUCUAUCGUCAGCCCACAGCCAUGUCCACUGUGCUGUAUAACAGAAAGGAAGGAAGGCAAGUUGGACAGGUUGCUAAGCAGCAGGUAGCCAGCCUGGAAACCAACGAUCCUAUUUUGGGGUUUCAAGCUACAAAUGAGAGAUUAUUUGUCCUUACUACAAAAAACCUCUUUUUAAUAAAGGUAAAUACAGAAAAUUAAUGCCAACAUGAUGGCUUCUCUAUACUUGAGAAAAGUUGAGAAUAUCUAGAAAAAAAAAAGCUAGACUGAGUGCUAUUGAUUUUAAUGUAAAAAAAAUUGUACUGUAUGAAGUUUUAUUUUUUAAAGGGUUGUUUUCACUAUACAUAUUCAGUAAGUUUUUAAUUCUCUGAAAAUUGUGUGAACUGUUUCAGUUCCAGUGUUAGUUGCAGACUUAAGGGAAAUGACCUUUAUAGAAAAUACAAGAAUGUGAACUAUAUGUAUGUAUAUGUGUAUGUAUAUAUAUGUGUGUGUGUAUAUAUAUAUGUAUGCAUCUACAUAGAUAUAUUUAUUAUUUUGAUUUAUUUUUAAAAAAUAACUUGAGGCCAAUUUCUGAUCUUUUGUAUUCAGUUGCACCACACAUCAUUUACCCAAUAAAACAUUUAUUACAUUCUCUUUGUAUAUUGGUACAAUUUUCUAUGUUAUGAAAUAGAAGCAUUUACUUUUUUUUUUUUAAGGUUUAAAUAUAAAUAAAUAGAUCUGCAAAGAUGAGGGAAGGAAAACACUGGAUCUGGGUAAUCAUUAGCUUAUUGACAAAAGAACUUAAGACAAAUUUUUGGUUUUUCCUUUAUAAUUGUUUUGCCCCAGAUUACUUUUAUCCCUUUUAUUUUUAGAAAAGUAUAUGUUUGAGUAUAUGUUUCAUUGUGCAUAAAAACCUAUAACAUUACAUAUUAGGCAGGUAAAAUAUCAUUAUAUGUGUUGUUAAACUAUUUUGAUUGUAUAUCUUUUAAAAUUCAAAUAAAAAUGUUUUCAGAAUGAUUAUUUUGACCAUUUAAGUUAAUAAUUUCCUUCAUGUUACAUAGGUAUUUAUGAGAUGUAAGAAACAUGCUAUAUUAGCUUAAUACUUAAUGAAUUAAUCACACAUAUAUUUAUUUGUGGAUUAAGUACAUAUGUAUUUAUAAUUUUUUCAGAUCCUAAUUGUCUUUCUUCUACAAAAGAACAGAAACUUUUUUUUUUUUAAACAAGUUGAUUGAAAUGCAAUUGAAGCUUCCAGUCAUACCAAUUAUGUUUUAAGGAAAAAACAACUUAUCAACUGUGAAGUGUUUGUUUUCCUUAUACAUAUAGAACCACAGAAUAUUUAAGGAACAUCUAAGAUAUUUUAGAAUAAUUUAAAAUCACACACCUAAAGAAGAAUCUUUUCUACUACAUGCUUAAGAAAUCAGUUCUUCCAGCCUAAAUCUCCCUUUCUUUUGCUUCUACUCCUGACCUCAGAAUAUUCAGAAGAGUCUAAAAUUUUCCCUAGAUGGUUUUACAAAUAUCUGAAGAUAGCUAUGUUUCCCUUUGAAUACUAACCAGUCCCAUUUUGCUGAUGAUAUUUUAAAUAUUGUAGUGAUUUAGUGCUGCUUUCUCUUUAUUGUGUUUUCAAAAUUACUAUCACUGACUCUUAAUCCCCAUCAUAAAACCAUAGAAUUAACUUCAUUUUAAAUACACUAGCAAAUACAAGAAAAAUUUUUAAUUGAUCUGGUAGUUGGAAUAUAUUGAGUAGUGGUGACAGAAGGAAUUGUCUUCCAUUUCACAUUGCUUUUUCCUGUAUCUAUUCCCAUUCAUAGUGACUCUUAAUAUGACUUUUUUUCUUGAUAGUAUUAUAAUUCAAUGAUGACCUAAUGUUAAAGAAAUAUAUGAGAACUAAUAAACAUAUAAGAUGAAAGUCUGUUUCCAGUUGAUACUUGGUCAAAGGAUAAGAACAAACAUCUCAAAAGAAUUGAAAAUAUUAACCAUUAUAUAAAAGAUUACUAUUAAUCAUUAAUAAGAAAAAUACUCAUCAAGCAACUUCAAAUUUACCUCAUGGCCUGAAAAUUGUCAGAGUUGACAAAAGAUGGGAGUAGUUCAAUGUUGGAAAGACUGUAAAAACAGGCAAUAUUGUGAACUGUGCAUUUGUCCAAACAUUCUGGAAAGCAGUUUAAAAUUAUGCUAAAAAAGAAGUGACUAAAAUGUUUAUACCCUUUGACAGAUUCUAUAAAUGGAUACAUGCACAACUCUUUGUGUUUAUGUUUUUCACAUUCCCUAAGCAGAAUCACAGACACAAAAGAAGCUUUCAUAUACACCAAAGUAUUUGUAGAUGCUCAUUUUGCUAAAGCAAAAAUAAGGAAAUAAUGGGAAAGCCUAUAAUAAAGAAAUAAAUAAUGAUAAAGCCCAUACUACUUGUGGCAUAUUAAAAUAAUGGAAUAUUAUUGCACCAUAAGAAGUGAUGAAUAUGAAGAAUUCAAAGAAGCAUGGCAAAACUUAAAGGAACUCAAAAUGAAUUGAACAGAACCAGGAAAACAAUGUAUACACAAUAACUACUAAAAGUAUAAAUGAAAAAGAAACCAAAUGCUAUGUACUUAUAGUGACAAACUUCACCUUAAAAAAGAAAUGUGGAAAUGUGCUUUCUUCCUUAUCUUUCUUUAUGGGCAUGGUAUAAUGAAUAUACUCUCAGACUUGGUGGAUGUGUUAAUUGGUUUGAAGUGCUUUAUUUUCCUCCUCUCUUUUUUAUUCUUAAUUAUAAAGCAUGGCUUUGAAGAGGUGAAGGGAGAAGGGAUAUCAGAAGAAAGGUGGUAUAAAACCAAAAGAUCAGUAAAUAUUAAAUUGUUUAAAAAUCAUUAAAAAGUUAUGAUCUUAAUUUUGUAUCUGCAUAAUAUCCUGAAAAAAUGAAUUGUCAAGCUUCUUAAAUGAAUGAUUAAAAUUAAAUAUAAUAUAAUAAAUUAUUCAUCUCAACCUUAAA